AUGGCAGAUCUUCAGCAAGCAAUCCUUCAAAUGGCGGAGCUCCUGCAGAAGCUAGCGCAGCCGACACCAGCACCUAGCAACCCGGAGCAAACAAUCGAAGCCUUAGCAACGAACAUUAGUGAAUUUUCAUUCGACCCGGAAAACGGAAUAACCUUCGAGAAGUGGUACAGCCGUUUCGAGGACCUUUUCGAUUCCGACGCCAGGAACUUGGACGAUGCCGCCAAGGUCCGACUGCUGCUGCGAAAGUGGGAUACACCGGCACAUACCCGGUACGUCAACUUUAUCCUGCCAAAGCUGGCAAAAGACUUGAAUUUUGCCGACACUAUCAAAACCCUCAAGAAAAUUUUCGAAGCGCAAAUGUCCAUAUUCAGCAAACGGUACCAGUGUCUGCAGCUAGUAAAAACGGAAGCAGAGGACAUAAUCAAUUACGCUGGCAAAGUCAACCGUGCUUGUGAGGAUUUUGACUUCAAAAACAUGAAAAUUGAUCAAUUCAAAUGCCUGAUGUUUGUCUGUGGUCUCAAAGGUCAUGGCUACGCGGACAUUAGAGCAAGACUACUCUCCAGAAUCGAAAACGAAGUAGCAGGGACACCCGUCACUCUUCAAACCCUGAUCGACGACUAUCAACGGCUCGUCAAUCUUCAAGCGGACACUUCCAUGAUCGAGCGUCCAUCAUUCUCGAAAUCAACGGUGCACGCACUUCAAGAAAAGAAUGACAGAGGAAUCCAUCGUCAGAAACAGCCAUCGAAGCCGGAAAGUAAAACUCCCCGCACCCCUUGUUGGCAAUGUGGACAAAUGCACUAUGUUCGGGAUUGUUCAUUCGCAAAUCACAUGUGCAAAGAGUGCAAACGGGUUGGCCACAAAGAGGGUUAUUGCAGCUGCUUUUCCAAGCAAAAAUCAGUGAAACCGGAAGAGGAGAAAAAGUCAUCAUUCAAAUCCAGCAAAUCCACCAGAAAAGCAAAAUCCCGAGGCGUAUAUGUUGUGAACCACAUCGCUCAACAUUCAAACAAGCGAAAGUACGUGCCCACAUUCAUUAAUGGCGUAGCAACCAAGCUACAAUUGGAUACAGCGAGCGACAUCACGGUGAUCUCGAAACAAACGUGGAACUACUUGGGAAGACCUGCAAUCAAGAAACCAACUAUUCAAGCCAUGAACGCAUCAGGAAAGUCGCUCAAGCUUAUGAGCGAAUUCCAUUGCAAAAUAUGCAUCAACGACAGAAGCACCCAAGGACGCUGUUUUGUAACAUCUACUGCCAACCUCAACCUCAUGGGCAUCGACUGGAUAGAAUUGUUCGGACUAUGGUCAAUUCCCAUCGACUCGGUCUGCAAUCAAAUCAAGAUGAAGUCGCUCGAUCAGCAAGUUCGUGAGUUCCGAGCAAAGCACUCAGAAGUAUUCAGUAAAUCUCUAGGACAUUGUAAGAAGUUGAAGGUAAAACUCUAUCUGAAAUCAAAUUCCAAACCAGUAUUCUGUCCAAAACGACCGGUUCCAUUCAACACUAUACCAUUGGUUGAUGCCGAACUCACACGGCUACAAUCAUUGGGCAUCAUUCAGCCGGUCGAUUUCUCUGAAUGGGCUGCUCCUAUCGUGGCGGUACGCAAACCAAACGGCCGAGUCCGCAUCUGUGCGGACUACUCGACUGGACUCAAUGAAGCGCUGGAAGCCAAUCAUUAUCCGCUUCCAACUCCGGAGGAAAUUUUCGCUCAACUCAACGGCAGCACCAUCUUCAGUAUCGUCGACCUUUCAGACGCUUACCUGCAACUCGAGGUAGAUGAUGAUUCCAAGAAGUUACUCACGAUUAACACCCAUCGUGGCUUGUUCCAGUUCAAUCGCCUAGCACCAGGGGUAAAAUCAGCGCCAGGAGCUUUCCAACGUCUGGUAGAUGCAAUGAUUGCCAACAUACCAGGAGUCCGUUCAUUUAUCGACGAUGUUAUCGUAUUCUCAAAGGACAUGGAGUCACAUUUGGCAUCAAUCAACCAACUGUUCCAGCAGUUAAAGAAGUAUGGGUUCCAUGUCAAAGCUGAGAAAUGUAGUUUUUUUCAAUCACAACUCGGCUACUUGGGACACAUCGUGGACAAGCAAGGCAUCCAUCCUGAUCCCGAAAAGGUAAAAACAAUCGCUACAAUUCCACCACCAACCAACAUCUCCGAGCUCCGGUCGUACCUGGGUGCAGUCAACUUUUAUGGAAGAUUCGUGCGCAACUUACAAGCAUUGCGCCAUCCGAUGAACCAGCUCUUGAAGAAAGAAACAAAAUGGCGGUGGACCCCAGAAUGCCAGAGGGCUUUUGACCAGUUCAAGACAAUUCUCCAAUCAAAUUUACUUCUGACGCAUUACGAUCCCAAACUACCGAUUAUUGUGGCAGCAGACGCAUCCAGCAGUGGAAUUGGUGCAGUCAUAUUCCACCAAUUCCCCGAUGGUGCCAUGAAGGCCAUACAGCACGCAUCCAGAACACUUGCUCCAGCAGAAUGCAACUAUGGACAUCCUGAAAAAGAAGCACUUGCGUUAGUUUAUGCAGUAACCAAAUUCCAUAAAUAUUUGCUCGGACGUCAUUUCACGCUGCUGAUUGACCACAAACCGCUACUGUCCAUAUUCGGUUCCAAAAAAGGCAUUCCGUUGCAUACAGCAAACAGAUUACAACGUUGGGCCCUUACAAUGAUGAACUACGACUUCGAGAUUAAACACGUAUCCACGAACGACUUUGGUUGUGCAGAUGUGCUAUCCCGGCUGAUCGAUAAAACCAUCCAACCAGAAGAAGAAUAUGUCAUCGCAGCGCUCACCCUCGAGGAAGAUUUGUCAAGCAUUCUUUCCGAUGCAACGGAAAACGUUCCCGUCUCAUUUGCAGCAUUGAAGGAAGCAACAUCAACAAAUGCCACGCUUCAAACUGUUAUCAAGUACAUUCGUGACGGAUGGCCCGACUGCUCCAAGAAUCUCCCCACUGCUGUUCAACCAUAUUACAACAGACGAGAAUCACUCAGCAUAAUCGACGGUUGUGUAAUGUUUGGCGAUAGGGUCAUUGUUCCUGAGAUAUUCCGAGGUCAUUCCGGAAUGGUACGUAUGAAAGCAAUAUCGAGGAGCUUCGUAUACUGGCCCGGUAUUGACAACGACAUCGAGGACUACGUGAUACACUGCACACCAUGCUCAAAAACAGCUAAAACUCCUACUAAAACAACAUUAGAAUCGUUGCCGAUUCCCGCCAAACCCUGGUCAAGGAUUCAUAUCGAUUACGCAGGACCUGUAGAUGGCGUAUAUUUUCUAAUAAUAGUCGAUCCAUACUCUAAGUGGCCUGAAGUACACUCAACGAGAUCAACGACAACCAAAACCACCAUCAAAAUACUUAACCAAACCUUUGCAACAUUCGGCAUUCCGGAGCUAAUCGUGUCCGACAAUGGCACUCAAUUUUCGAGCCAUGAAUUUCAAGCAUUCUGUACAAAUCAAGGCAUUCGUCAUAUUCGCAUCGCACCGUACCACCCACAAUCAAACAGGUUAGCCGAAAGAUUCGUGGAUACCCUGAAGAGAAGUCUUCGCAAAAUUCGGUCAGGAGGAGAAGCAUUGGAAGAAGCACUCAGCACCUUUUUGCACGUAUACCGUUCGACUCCAUCCAGCGACUUGAAUGGCAAAACUCCCGCUGAACUGAUGUUUGGAAGACCGCUUCGUACCGUAUUGUCAUUGCUCAAACCUACCGAACGUAACACAGGCUCCAUAUCAAGAGACAGGAAGAAGCAGAACAAUAUAUUCAACAAAAAGCACGGCGCAGUCCAAAGAGGGUUCCAUCAAGGAGAUACUGUCUACGUCAAGAUUCAUCGUUUGAACUCCUGGCAGUGGCAACCUGCAACCGUGAUAGAGAAGAUCGGCACUGUCAACUAUAACGUGUUCCUGGAAAAUCAACAUCGUCUGAUUCGUUCACAUGUCAACCAAAUGAAGGCUCGUGUUUCAGAAGAAUCCCUGCAAUUUCAACAAAAUCCACUAUCAAUUUUCUAUGACAAUUUCGGGCUAUCAAUUCCGGAAGAAAUUGAACCACAUCAGCUUGAAGAGCAACCUCAGCUUGAAGAACACCACCAGAUUGGAGAACCACCAGAACCAUCAGAAGAUAUUCCUGACGACUCCUAUCUAACAGAUGACUUGUCAGAUAAUGGAGAUGAAACCGUUGAAGAAACCCAGAAUGAAUUAGCAGAAGCAGUACAUCCUGUGACACCAAUCAUAGAAAGAGGACGACGAGUGAUUCAACUACCAGCCCGGUUCAAGCCCUAUUGGAUGAUGAAGCCGUAAGGGGGGAAAUGUUGGAUCGUAGUAAUCAAUGGAUUAUAAUUUUUUAUCUAAGUUACCUUUGCUCUACUAUAUAAAGAAAACCAAUAUGUCAUUCUUAUGCAGUAUUGAUUUGACUUCCAAUAA